AUGGUAAUGAAACGUCCACGAGGUACAGAAACGGGUCUCACGCGGUCCCGCAAAAUGGACUCGGCUAUCCAGUCAGCUCAAGCCUUGAGGAUUUGCAGAAAGAACCCUGAUGGCAUGCAUGGCGCAUGGCUCUCCUUUGUCGUCUGCAUGCUGCUCUGCUCCAUUCAUGCGGUCAUCAACUAG